AUGUCUACGAAGACAAAAGUCUCACAUGUUAGCUCUCUUGACACAACAUCCACCGAACGUCACAUUUACACUCAUAUCGAGGAGGAUAUACAGAACUUGGCUCUCCAAGGCGAUCUAGCCACACACAUUGAGGACACGAAAAUUCUCAUUAACAAGCUGCGUGAUGCGGGCGAAAGCAACAUCUUCAAACAUUCGGGUGCCAAACCAGAGCAGAAGCUGCACCUUAUUCUCCUGGCGAUGCUCGAAUUCGUGCCAGAUGAACACGCGCAGAAGGCCGAUGACUCUCCCAGUCAAGGCUCAGAGCACCGAAAGGUGCUGAUCGAGCACCUGCGCACUGUGGCCAUCACCUGGCUCACAAACUUUCUCUUCAUAUUCAAAGCAAGUUCCAAAGCAUAUGCCUCUCAAAGUGAAAGUAUCUCGCAUACUCCUUCCGAUAUUACCACCCCCACCAUGGAGAGUACCGAGAAUGUAGGUCCUAUAACCACCCUAUGCCGUGACAAUCUUACAUGUGUCAUCACUGGUGCCAGGGACAGGGAACAUCCUGUCCCUGGUCUUGUAUCCUUGCAGGCCUGUCAAAUCUUAAAGAGAGCAGCAGCGAAGUAUACCAGCAAGACGACUGAGUCCAAGCUGGAAUCCGUCAUUGGUACAUUUGAUAUACUGCCGAAAUUUACUCGACUCCCAGAUAGAUUUAUCACACAGCCCAAGGAUUGGGUUGGCCAUCCCUCCAACUUGAUCAGCCUCAUGUCAAUUACACAUGACUUGUUUGACCAUUUCGACAUCUGCUUCGAGAAGACCGAUGACGGCAAUCACAGAUAUAAAAUCGAAUACUUUGGCAGGGAAGAUGUUGCCAGUCUUCUCGCCUUUCAGCAAGCAGUGGGUGGCAGGGGACGGGACGAUCUUGUUGUGUUGACCAACAACUCACCCAACAGGUCCCACAGCAAUGAUAAAAUGCCCGAUCUGAUGUUAUUCAAAAUCCACGCAGCGAUUGCGGGCAUUCUCCAUAUGUCUGGUGCUGGUAAAUUCUGCGAUGAAUUGCUCCAGCGGUACCCACCGACUGGCAGCAGUGCACCCGCGGUUACUUGGCUUGAGAUGGAACGCCAGAUCUACAUGAUCUUGCUGCUGGGAUGCGGAAGAUGUGAAUACCGAUAG